UCUCUCUCUGUGUGUGUGUGUUGUUGUACACUUCUUUGGAUCUGCAAAGUACUAAUCCUACUACACAUUUAGGGCAUUCAGAGCAACGUUGCAUUUGUGAAGUCUUCUUUUCUUUUACCAUGUCUUUAACAGCUCUUUAUCAUCAAAACCUUUUUCACAAUUUGGGAAGAGCCUAGGUUUUUAGGUGUAGCACAGCCUUUUUAACUCCAUAUUCCAACUGGGUAUUUCUCCAUCCUCUCUCUCUCUCUCUCUCUCUCUCUCUCUCCCUCCCUCUCUCUCUCUAAGAAAAUGGGGAGAGCAGCAAGGUGGUUGAAGGGCUUGUUUGGGUUUAAAAAAGACAGAGAAAAACUGGACAACUCCAACUCCGGCGACCGGAAAGACAAGAAGCGGCAGAGCUCGGCCGCAGCCGGCGCCUUAUGUCACAAUCCGGCCACCAUACCGCCCAACAUCACGGCGGCCGAAGCAGAUUGGCUGAGAUCUUUCUACGACGAGACUGAAACGGAGCAGAGCAAGCAUGCAAUUGCGGUGGCCGCCGCCACAGCCGCGGCGGCUGAUGCGGCCGUCGCCGCCGCGCAGGCGGCCGUGGCGGUGGUUAGGCUGACUAGUAACGGCAGAGGGACUAUGUUUGGUGGUGGCCGUGAAAGGUGGGCCGCCGUCAAGAUUCAGACCUUUUUCCGUGGCUAUUUGGCUAGAAAAGCAUUGAAAGCUCUGAAAGGACUAGUGAAAUUACAAGCACUUUUUAGAGGCUAUUUGGUGAGGAAACAAGCCGCUGAGACACUUCAUGGUAUGCAAUCCCUAAUCAGAGCCCAGGCCACAGUCCGUGCCCAAAGAUCUCUAGGGUUUUCCAACAAUGCCGACCAUUUUUACCCUCAAUUUCGAGCCCGAAAAGCGCGGAACGAAAUGUUUGAUGAUACAAGGAGUGAGUACAUUACAACAAUUCACAGUAGAAGGAUUUCGGCUUCUUUCGAUGCAAUCGAUGAGAGCCCUAAGAUAGUCGAGGUGGACACAGGCAGGCCCAAAUCAAGAUCCAGGAGGCCCAACAGUUCUGCGUCGGAAUACGGCGGCGACGACCCGUUAGGCCCAACACUCUCCUCACCGCUCCCCUGCCGAGUUCCGCCUCGUUUGUCGAUACCCGAUUGGGGUGCGACGGGCUACGAAUGCCGGUGCUCCACGGCCCAAAGCACCCCUCGGUUCGUCAACGGGCCGAUAACGCCCGCGAAGAGCGUUUCCGGUGACAGCAUCUUCCGGCAGAACAUGGGUUUUUACCCCCACUACAUGGCGAAUACGCAGUCGUUUAGGGCUAAGCUGAGGUCCUACAGUGCUCCAAAGCUAAGGCCUGAGGUAGGGCCCAAGAAGAGGCUUUCGCUUAAUGAGAUGAUGGAGUCAAGGAAUAGUUCAAGUGGGGUUAGAAUGCAAAGGUCAUGUUCUCAAGCACAAGAAGUGGUUAGUUUCAAGAAUGCUGUGAUGGGUAAGCUUGAUAGGUCUUCAGAGUUUGUUAGGGAGGCAGAGAGAGAGUAUUGUGUGGAGAGGAGGUGGUAGAGAGAGAGAGAGAGAGAGAGAGAGAGAAAAGGCAAUAAUGAAGAGAAAAUGCCAUGUGCUUUUUUUAGAUUGGAGGAUAGAGAGAAUGUGUGAAAAGUUAGAGACAAGAUGUGAAUAGAGAUUCUAUUCAUCUAAGUUUAAGGUUUGUUUUCUAGUACUAAUGAUGUCAAUAAUCAUUGAAUUUUAAGGUUUGUUUUCUAGUUACUAAUGACAUCUAUAAUCAUUCAGUCUUUUACUGGUCGCUGUUUC